AUGGCCGCCGUGAAGCGAGACCCAUCCCACCGCUGCCGCGAUAAAGAGGCGCACCAUGGCAAUACGGAAAGAUCCGACAGUUUACCUCAUGACAGCGCUGUUGACAGCGGGACCAUGGUACUGACGGACGACUUAUUGCGAAGCUGGAUUGGUUUGGAGGAUUUGGAUCAGGUGCUCAGCACCAAGCUCCGUUUUGAUGCCGAGGCGCUCAUGGGUGUCGACCGGCUCGGCGUCAAACUUCCAAAACUCACCUCGCUCAAGCUCAACCGUUCUAAUAUUCCACAUUUUCGUCUACUUGGAGCCAGGUACUUGGCGUUGAGGCAUUUGUGGAUCAGCAAUUGCCACGUCAAGGACCUCCGUGGUAUUGGGGCGUGUGCUCCGGGUUUGGUGGAACUCUACGCGUCUUUCAACUAUAUUGGUGAUUUGUCCCCCUUGAUGGACCUGGCGGAGACUCUUCAAGUGGCGGAUUUAGAAGGAAACGAAAUUGCGUGGAGUGCUUCUUUGGGUGAUAUUUUAUACUCACUUCAUAAUGUAUUAUCAUUAAAUUUUCAAGGCAACCCCGUCGAGAACACCCUGGUCGAAGAGUUGAUGCGUAGUAUUCCUCCGCACAAUGAAAGCGGCGAAGGCGAUUUGCUGACAAAAGAGGAGGUCUCAACGACGGUGGAUACAAUUGACCUUUUCUCUUCUGGUGGUGGUGUAAAUUCGUUCCGAAAGAUGAUUCUAUCCCGUAUGCCGCAGCUCCAGCUUUUAGACGAUAUUCCCAUUCAUGAUGACUCAUUUUGGGAGGUCGGGGCGCUGCGGAGUAUGGGAAGCCACGAAGGGCUCCCCUCCCCUGGCGCGAUGCGGCGGAAAGCCACGAACGAUUUCGAGUCGGCCCUGCUUUUCUCGGAGGACGCGGCCGCGCGGGAUCCACCCGAUCCCGCCUGCGCGUCCGAUUCCUUAUCGGACAAGUUCCUAAAACGCCGAAGCCACGUCUUUAUUGAUCCUUUAGAUACGGUACUGACGGAGGAAUUGGCUCUUCUUCAGGAUUGCAUUCGAAGUACGCGCUUUGAUGACGCCUUGGAUCGGGCGAUGGAGAUCCAGCAUCGUGAGUUGUGCAUCCGGCCCUCGACCUCCGCGGCCGCGCGGACGUUCCCGGCGUUGUCCACCCCCCCGAAUGGAUUCCCCCAUCCCCACAACGCGUCCUCGCGAAUUUCAGGCGAGCAGCCUCGACAGGCGGCGACGUCGUACACCCCGAAAAUGCCCAGCCGUCGUCUACACGAGGUUGCGGAGGGCGCCAAAUCUUUAACGGCGGGAUCCUCGCUUACAACAGGGGAUGUUUUUACCGGGAGCGCCAUCGUUUCUCUCCGCAAACGUCUUUUAGGGCCGCGGCAUCAAAAUUCGGCGUCGAUUUCGGCCUCCAAGACGAGCACCGAGGAGGAGAUCCCCUUCUUUUCCCCCACCGUCCGCGAGGUCGAGAGCAGUGAGGGCGUCACCAAUGAGAAAGGGAGUGAUGCGAAGAGGGUUUUUUCGGCAAGUUCCUGCGCGAUCUUCUCCGAGAUCGGCUUUGACAAGGAUGAGGACUUUUUCGACUGUGGGAGCAUGGAAGGGGAGGGUAGCGAGCAUGAGUGGGAGCGGUUGAAGUAUGAGGAGCUGCAGGGUAAAUGUCGGUGCCGGCCGGCCUCUACCUCCGCGUCUUUUAGAUCUCGUCUGCUAGAGUAUUCGAAUGAUGAGGUGAGCGAUACCGCAAGUUUGUUUUGUGGUGCGCGACGAUUGGGGAAGGAUUUCGGUAAAGCGGCUGAGGAGGUUUCGAUGCGUGAGCUUCUGAUGAAGGAAGUCGCACGCACACGCAUGCAGAUCGCCCGCGAAGGGGCGAAAAGUAUUUCUGACCGAUAA